AUGUUGCAUCGCACCAAGUUGAGUCAAGCCACCUACUGGAAAGGGAGCUUAGAAGAUAAGGAGAACGUUCUCUUUUUGAAGUAUGAGGAGAUAAUUGAGGAGCCUCGUGUUCAAGUCAAGAGGCUCGCCGAGUUCUUGAAUUGUCCAUCUACCGAGGAAGAAGAGAAGAGUGGAUUGGUGGAGGAGAUCUUGAAAUGGUGUAGCUUGCGUAACUUGGGAGAUUUAGAGACGACUUAUAAGAAGGGUAGAACUGAUAUCCAUUAUAUUCUAAUGUAUUCUUUAGGAAAGGUGAAGUUGGUGACUAGAAGAAUCAUCUCACUCAUCAUAUGGCCAAAACCAUUGACGAGAUCGUCGAAUGUAGACUACGAGGUUCCGGUUUGA